CUGUGUCCCUCGGACACAGCAAAUCACCGAUCACGGAAAGAGCCGAAGAUGUCAGCUCGGUCAUGUGAUCAGCUGUGUCCAAUCACCGCUAAACACAUGGACAUGUACACUGGUCAUCAGGGCACUGAUGAUCAGUGUGCCCUGAUGAUCAGUGUAGCCCCAGCAGUGCCACCUGUCAGUGUCCAUCAGUGCCUCGUGCCAGUGCCCAUCAGUGCCACAUAUCAGUGCCUACCAGUGCACAUCAAUGCCACAUAUCAGUGCCCAUCUGAGCUGCCUUUCAGAGCCGCCUAUCAGUACCAGUCAGUGCCACCUAUCAGUGCCAGUCAGUGCCACCUAUCAGUGCCAUAUACAGGGCCAUGUAUCAGUGCUGCCUUUCAGUGCCCAUCAGUGAUGCCUGUCAAUGCCCAUCAGUGCCACCUACCAGUGCCUCAUCAG